AUGCUGUCUGCUUUGCGGCAACGGCCUGCUGGCCUGUCUUCGCUGGCGAAAGCUAGCUUCACUCCUUCAAAAAGCCAUGGCCGGUUCCUAUCUACGACAUCGUCUCUCCGGGCAGACGACAAGCUGAAUAAGAUCUCAUCGGCCAUUACCCAACCCAAGUCACAAGGCGCCUCACAAGCCAUGCUGUACGCCACGGGUCUUUCAGAAGACGAUAUGAAUAAAGCUCAGGUCGGCAUCUCGUCCGUCUGGUAUGAAGGCAAUCCUUGCAACAUGCACCUCAUGGAUCUGUCAAAGGUUGUCCGGGAGUCGGUCGCGAAGGCUGGCCUUAUUCCUUACCGAUUCAACACUAUUGGUGUCAGUGAUGGUAUUUCCAUGGGCACUACUGGCAUGCGAUACUCCCUGCAGAGCCGGGAAAUCAUUGCCGAUAGUAUAGAGACGGUCAUGAAUGGUCAAUGGUACGAUGCCAAUAUCAGCUUGCCUGGUUGCGACAAGAACAUGCCCGGUGUCGCCAUUGCCUUUGGACGUGUGAACAGACCCAGCAUCAUGGUCUAUGGUGGUACCAUUAAGCCAGGUUGCGGCCAAUCUGGCGAACCUCUUGAUAUCGUGUCUGCCUUCCAGGCGUAUGGUCAAUACAUCACUGGCGAGAUCACCGAAGAGCAGCGCUUCGAUAUUAUCCGCCACGCCUGCCCUGGCAGUGGUGCUUGUGGCGGCAUGUACACUGCCAAUACCAUGGCUACCGCUCUCGAGACAAUGGGUCUCACUCUCCCAGGUAGUAGCAGCAGUCCUGCUGAAGAUGCCAGCAAAAUCGCAGAAUGCGAGAGCGUUGGACCGGCCGUCAGAAACAUUCUGAAGGAGGACAUCCGACCUCGUGAUAUCAUGACCCGACAGGCUUUUGAGAACGCCAUGACUGUUGUUUCCAUCCUUGGCGGCAGCACCAACGCGGUCCUCCAUCUUAUUGCUAUCGCCGACUCUGUUGGCAUUAAGUUGACCAUCGAUGACUUCCAGAAUGUCUCUAACCGUGUCCCUCUGUUGGCGGAUUUGAGACCAUCUGGCAAAUACGUCAUGGAGGAUGUUCACAAGAUUGGCGGCACUCCCAGUCUGCUCAAGUUCCUCCUCAAGGAAGGUCUUCUUGAUGGCUCCGGCAUUACCGUGACUGGUAAGACCAUGAAGCAGAAUCUGGAGAAUGUCCCCGACUUCCCAGCAGACCAGAAGAUCAUCCGACCCCUUAGCAAUCCCAUCAAAGCUACCGGCCACAUUCAGAUUCUUCGAGGAUCGCUCGCCCCUGGCGGCAGUGUUGGCAAAAUCACCGGAAAGGAGGGUCUCCAAUUCACCGGCAAAGCCAAGGUCUACGACUCAGAAAACGACAUGAUUGCCAGUCUGGAGAGGGGAGAGAUCAAGAAGGGCGAAAAGUCUGUCGUCAUCAUCCGAUAUGACGGUCCCAAGGGCGGUCCGGGAAUGCCUGAAAUGCUGAAGCCCUCUUCUGCUAUCAUGGGUGCCGGCCUUGGCAAGGACGUUGCGCUUUUGACUGACGGACGCUACUCUGGCGGUUCGCAUGGCUUCAUUAUUGGCCACAUUGUCCCUGAGGCUAUUGUCGGUGGACCUAUUGCCCUUGUUCAGAAUGGAGACGAGAUUAUCAUUGAUGCUGAGAAGCAGGUCAUUGACCUCAAUGUCCCUGAGGCGGAGAUGGAAGCUCGACGAAAGGCUUGGAAGGCUCCUGCUCCUAGGUAUACUAAGGGUACCUUGAAGAAGUAUGCGGCUUUGGUUAGCGAUGCAAGUGAGGGCUGUGUCACGGAUGGAUCCGUCCACUAA